CUCUGCAUCGCGCUGCCGGUGCGCACACCGGCUCACUGUCCGGGUACCGGCUCCCCUGCGUACGCGAACGCUUCAUGUUUCACUUGAGCUAGCACCGGCAGUUUUACCUGCAGUUCUCUCCGGACAAGAAGCAUGCCUGAAGAGCUCGAUAACGUGCAGGAGUUUGGCGCCACACAGACGGUGCAGGCGGUGACGAGGGCGUACGUGCGACUCAGGGACAGUGGCACACCCCUAGGCGUCGCCGCCAGGUGGAUGGAGUGUGGCCUGAGUGCUGUGAAGCAGCUCACCCGUCCAGCAGUCGACGUCGUGCGCUCCGCUAAGCUACUGAGCGCCGUGGACGCGAUGGCCGUCAAAUACCUGAACGUCGGCGGCGUCGUCGCCAGCAAAUCGAGCGAAUACCUGGACGGUGCCAGACGGUCCGUCUCCGGCCGAGUCAGACGUUAUUGCAUCAGCGUGCUGCGUAGCCGCGUGGGACGGGCUGCGACCGCUGCUCUCGAUUGGUGCGUGGCCGUCUGCGAGGCUGCGGUCGACGCAUUAGAGAUCGAGCAGACGCCGGCCAGUGAGCAGAACGAGAAGGUGGCGGGCGCCGACGUGUGCCGCGGUGUGAGCAUACGCAUCAAGUCUGCCGGUCCGCGGUUGGUCAUUUGGGUGGCAGCGCCGCUAAAACUGCUGGUUCAGCUGCUGAGGUCUGGCCGACAUCAGCUUAAGGAGUAUGUGUUCCAAUACCAUCGCAGUCCCUCUAAGAGAGCGGCUAUUCGGAGACGCAAUCGGGUUACUCCGAAGAAACGACUUGCUUCGCCGCCGUAUAACUCGUUCAUAUGGUUGAGUCUCUACCUGCCGAAUAAACUGAUAAACUUUGUGCGCGUGUACGUGUCCACGUCUCCUACAAAGCCUGUCUUCAAAUCUUACUUGACAUCACCCUCAAAACAAGACGGAAACCCCGCAAUGGAACCUCUCCUCAGUGACGGUGAUCACGACAAGAAGCGCAAGUUCGAUGAUAUUACCGGGAGGAAGCGAUAA